AGCCUAAGUGGAGGUUUGUUCUCAGCUGCACUUUGGACAGGUUUAAAAAGAGACUUGUUGUUUUAGAGCAAACUAACUCAUCAUGGCUUCUUUCAGAGGAGAGCCCGGUUAUGGUUUUAGAAGCGAGCUUGUUGAGGCUGCUAAGAUCCCCGCUGAUCUGCAGUCCUGCUUCAGAGACAGUCGUUUAGCAACUCAUUUGGUUGGACAAAUGCCAAACCUUAGUCUUGGUAAGCAGACUCGUGAAGGGUUUUCCAAGCUGGAAACCAGUGCUGAUAAUGGCCGUGACUCCAUGGACCAGCUGGAUGAGGUGUGCAGUCCUCCUCUGGAGAUGCCUUCUGACGUGUUCAUCCGCAUGUGGGAUCAUAAGUCUCGUUCGUUGUUGCUGUCUGCACCCGAACCUCAGGAAGAUCCCCAGAAUGAGAGUCACAACUGGGAAGAUUCAGUUGAAGAAGUCCCAAAUGUGACAUUCCAGUCAAAGUACUUUGAUUUUUUUCCUCUGUAUCAGAACUACUCCCUGCAGGCUGUGAGAGAUGAGGUGCACAAACUCAAAGACAACGUUUCUGAACUGAUAAACCUCCAGUCUAUUCAUGGUCUGAAGGAGGUGCGCAGUCCAGAGUCAGAACCUGCAACAUCUCACCGCUUUGAGGGUCAGCGGUCCCUUUUUAGCCCCCCUGGCCGUUUUGAGGGCACAUCAGUGAAGUCUCCUGCUAGUCCUACUGCUACUCUAACUCUACUCUCCACUCCGUCUCAGUCUAACUUGACCUCCAGCACUCUCUGGCAGGACUUGGAAGAAGUGAAAACAUCUGACCUGCUGAACGUCUUGGGACCUAAAGAGAUCAGCCUGCAGGAGACAAUGUUUGAGCUGAUGGGCUCUGAAGCAUCUUACUUGAAGAGUCUUGGUGUGUUGGUCCAUCAUUUUUAUGCGUCCAAAGCUCUGAAGACGACUGUGUCCAAAGUAGAGCAUGGAAUUGUGUUUUCCAAUGUUUGCCAAGUGAUGGCUGUCAGCUCAAAAUUUCUGACAGACCUGGAGACUCGACUGGAGGAGAGCCUGCUGAUAUCUCAAGUUGGAGACAUUGUUCUCAGGCACUCUCAAGAGUUUUGUCAAAACUACACGACCUACGUGAUCAACUCGACCUACCAGACGUCCAUGUUAAACCAGCUGCUGGAGCAAAAGCAGGACUUUGCGUACGUGCUGAAGAAGCUUGAGAGCGACCCCAUUUGUCAAAGACAGUCCUUCAAGUCAUUCCUGGUUCUUCCUUUCCAGAGAAUCACACGCAUUAAACUUCUCCUGGAGAGCAUCCUGAGACUGACUGAGCCAAACUCUGAUGCAGCCUCAAAUCUUAAAAAAGCAAUCAGUGCUCUCCAUGAGAUACUGACUGCUUGUAACGAGAAGGCCAAAAAAAUUAAACAAAUUGAGGAACUUAUCUGCCUGGAAAUGCUGAUGGACUUUAACAACAUUAAGUCUGUCCCUUUGGUCAUAAGCACACGUUUUCUGAUCCGCCAAGGACCUCUGAAGCUGCUGAAUACGGACGGGACGUGGAGUAAAAAAAAGUCCUUCAAUAAGAUCUACCUCCACCUCUUCAAUGACCUUUUGAUCAUCUCCUCCAAAAAGUUUCGGAGGUUCAUGGUGGUGGAUCAUGCUCUCUUCCCUGAACAUGUGACCGUUGAUCAUCUGAACACUGAAGCUCUGGGACUUUCUCCAGACUCCUUUCUGUUACUCCUGUCUCAGAGGCAGCGAGGGCGGCGGACUGCCCUGGUCCUUGUUGCAUGUUCAAAGUCGGAUAAAGAGAACUGGAUGAAGGCUUUGUCGCCUUGAGUGAUGGGUUCCAAGGAUUUUUAUUUUUUUUAAACUUGUUUCAUCACUUCAGUUUGCAAUUAUUAUUUUUUUGUUUGUUCUUUAAUGAAGGCACUGUUCAGCUCCAUGUUAAAACACCCACAUUUUGAUAGAAUGACCAAACACAGCAGUUGCACUCUGGAAAGUUCUUGUGACAGUUUCUGGUGUGUGGGUUUGUAUUUAAAAAAUGUUUUAAACUUGUUUCAUCACUUCAGUUUGCAAUUAUCAUUAUUAUUAUUUUUUUGUUCUUUUAAUCAAGGCACUGUUCAGCUCGAUGUUAAAACACCCACAUUUUGUUAGAAUGACCAAACACAGCAGUUGCACUCUGGAAAGUUCUCGUGACAGUUUCUGGUGUGGUGUGGGUUUUUAUUU